UUUCUUUCCAAAAUAUAUCAUGACCAUUGAUCAUUGAUUCGUCGUUCUCUUCACGUCAUACACACCGUUAUUAUUUGGAUUUUAGUCAUCGUGCUGCAUUGAUCGUUUUUUGUUUGAUUUUUGUUCUGGUUUGAAUUUCUUUAAAAUUAUUGAAUGGCAUAAUAUUCUGGAUUCGUUUCUGUUUCACGAAAAAAAAAUUCUUCCAUUGUGCUUUUGCACUGUGUGUGUGUGUGUGUGCCUAUGUUUGUCAUGCUAAUGUUACAAUAACAACAUAUUUUGUUUUUUCUCAUUGAAUUUUCGUCAAAAAAUAUUCUCAUUCUUGUUAUUCAUUUUGAUGAAAAAUUUCUAAUCUUAUUUCUCUGUAUGCCAAUGUGUACGAGCAGCCAAAAUAGUGAUACUGAAAUAACGUCAACAACAACAAAAACAUCAUUCAAAUCGACGAAAAACAACUAUUCGGUAAAAUCGAUAAAUUCAAAUUCUCAUUCAACAUCGACAAUAAUAAUAAAUAAAUUUAAUAUGCUCACCUCAACAACAACGGCAUCCGCCAAUCAAUACCUCAGACCGGAAUAUCUUCCACCGGUUUCAAGUCCGUUGGACGCAAAUAAAAGUCCAUUGGCAUUAUUAGCUAAAACCUGUUCAAGCAUUGGUGUUGAUAGUCCUAAUCUAAAAUCAUUGAAUGGUUCGACAAAUAAUUCAUCCGGAUCAUCAUCAUCAUCAACAUCAUCGAAUGGUUCUUUCUCGAAUAAUGAUUCUAAUGUAACAAUGAAUAAUAAUAAUCGACGAACGACACCAAAAACAAAAUCCACAUCAUCAUCAAAUGAUUAUUUUCUAGAUUCUAGUUCUCAUCAUCAUAAUCAUCAUCACAAUAAUAAUAAUAAUAAUCAUCAUCAUCAUUCAAAGCUCAAUUUCAAGCCUUAUGAAACUAAUCAUCAUCAUCAUAGAAAAUUAACAAAUGAACGAGAUAAAUCAACAUCAUCACCAUUGAAAUCAUUAACGCCAAAUUCUUCAAAUAAUAAUAAAGUGCCAUCACCAUCGUCGGAAAAUAAUAAUAAAACUUCGUCAUCAACAUCAUCGGCACAACCGCUCAGUUAUACUAGUUUAGGUCUACCCGAUAUGCAUAAAGAUUCAUUGGCUGCAUUCUAUAAAGCUUAUGGAUUUUUAGCACCAAAUUGUUGCCCAACAACGACACCUGGCUCACCAUAUCCAUCAUUAAUGCCGCCACCAAUAGCAUUGGAUAAAACCGGUGCCUAUCCAUCGAUAUAUCCACCAACACCACCAGCGACGGCUGCUGCUGCUUUAGCAGCUUAUAAUUAUUCACAACGAGUUAAAGGAAUGAUGCCCGCUACCGGUGCUGUUUCAAAUCCACAUUGUCGUGAUCCUUAUUGUGCUGGACAAUGUGGUCCACUUCAACAUAAUAGUCAACAUCAUCCAUUAGCAUUGGUGGCCUUAGCAUCAUCUUCUGCAUCUUCGACAUCAACAACACCUCCAUCGGCUGCUGCUACCGGUACAAACCAUAGGGUUGACACCAAUGGCCAUUCUUCUUCACAAGCCGUUGCAUCAAAUGGCACAUCAUCGGCGGUUGGAAAUAAUUCAACUCAAUCAUCAUCAAACACACCAUGUACACCUGCAACAUGUCCAAAUGGUUGUAAUCAAUGUGAACAUCAACGUUAUUUGGCUACGUUAGCUGCUGUAUAUGGAAAUUCAUUUGCCGCUUUAGGCACCGGAUACGGUGUUCUGCAAUCACCAUCGGCAGCAGCAGCGGCAAGUAAUGCCUAUGCAUCAUCAUUGGCUGCUGCAGCCGCAUUACAACAACAUCAUCAACGUAUGAUGGCUGCUGCAGCUUUAGCCGCUUCAGCAGCACCAACCGCCACAGCAGGAAAUGUGUGCAAUUGGAUAAUUGGUGAUAAUCAUCAUUGCGGAAAACGUUUCAAUAAUAGUGAAGAAUUAUUACAACAUCUAAAAACGCACACAUCAUCAACGGCAACAAAUAAUUUGAAUGAUACAUCCUCAUCGGCUAAUAAUAGUCGUAAUCCAAGUUCAUCGUCACCAUCAAUAAACAAUCAACAGCAACAUUCACCAUCGAUAACCGGAACACCAUCACCAUCGGCUGGUAGUCGUGCAGGAACAGCUUCAAUUAAUGGAUCAUCAUCAUCUACGGCCAGUCCAUCACCAUCAUCUCAUCAUCAUCAUAGUAAUCAUCGUUAUCAUCCUUAUUCAAAAUCAAUGAAUUUAUCGAAUGGUAAUAAUACAGUUACUACAUCAUCAGCUUCAGGUACAACCAAUGUUUCAUCAGCAUCGGCACUCCCUCUCACAGUGGCACCAACAUCGGCAGCAUCAUUAUUUGGCCUAAACGGUACUACGACGAAUGGCGUUGGUCUUGGACCAUAUGGCCAUCAUAAUCCUCAUCAACAUCCACAUUUAACAGGAACGACACCAUCACCAUUUACGGCUGCAGCAGCAGCUGCAGCGGCUGCUGCUGCUGGUUUACCAUCACCAUCUCCAUCAAAUUUUUAUUAUCCAUUUAUAGCGCCACCAAAUUUUCUUGCCGGUCGUAUUGGACCACCGGUACCACCAUAAAAUGCACACACACACACACACACACAAACACACCAACAAUACAACAUUAAUUGCCUUUCUAAUUGUUUGUAUUCUCUCGCCAUAUUGAUCUUAUAGUUUUUUGGAUUGAUUAAUUGAUCAUUGAUGAUGAUUGUAAAAGCCUGAUUUUUUUUCUCAUUAUUUUCAAUUUGUAAAAUAUUU